AACUUGAAGCCGACUCUUUCUCUCUCACCUCUUGUGUUUAUAUAUAGACACACUUCAUUCUCUUUUCCCUUGCCUAUACUCUAUAUCUUCUCUACUGUUUCUACCCAAGUUUCUGUUUCUUGGUGCAAAAGUAUAGGUACCCUUUGUCUCCUUCUUCUCAUCUUUAUUCAUGCCCUGGUAACCAUUAAUAUAAAGGCUACAUCUUUUUAUUGUAUAUCCAAAAUUCCAAACAAGAUAACAGGAAAACAAAAGAAUGAGUUGCAAUGGUUGUCGAGUUCUUCGAAAAGGAUGCAGUGAGAACUGUAUUCUUCGGCCAUGUUUACAAUGGAUCGAAACUGCUGAAUCUCAAGGCCACGCCACCGUCUUUGUCGCUAAGUUUUUCGGCCGUGCUGGACUCAUGUCCUUCAUUUCCGCUGUCCCUGAAAACCAACGACCUUCUUUAUUUCAGUCCUUGUUAUACGAAGCUGCUGGGAGAACAGUGAACCCAGUGAACGGAGCUGUAGGGUUAUUAUGGACAGGCAAUUGGCACGUUUGUCAAGCGGCGGUGGAAACAGUCCUCCGUGGCGGCGCGUUGCGGCCAAUCCCCGAUUUUCUCGGUGCUUCACUAGAUAUUGAUGAGGGGUCUGAGUGCACCGACGUAUUUAAGCUUGAACAUCCUAGUCAAAACAAUAUGCAACCGAAGGUGCAGAAACGACGCCGUUUUCCAGAGGAAGCUUCAAAAGUAUUACAGUUGGCGGAUCUUGAUCUAAGUUUAACACCAGGUUUUCAGAGUCGGAAGGUUAUUAGUCACGCUUUGCCGGAGAAUCAGCGACCGGGAACUCCGUCUAUGAAUUCAGAAGAAUCUGGAACCACUACGUGUUUUGAGAGUGGUACUGUUACUGGAAAUCAGCAAGGAAAUGAACCGAAAUUACUCAGCUUGUUCAAUUAGGUGGCUGUAGUGUUUUUUUUAUUAACCUUAAUCUUUUGUUAAUCUUUUUCCUUGUUUUUUUCUAUGGGGGGAGGAUUUUUCCCGGAAGUAAAUUCCGGGAGAGUUUUUGUUAAUCAUUGGCACAGGAUUUCCCUUCUUUCAAGCUUCUUUAUUAUGAACAGUUGAAAGGAGGGGAAAGUGAAAGUUCGCCAGUGAUUCCUUCCUUAAUCUUUUCUUGUUCUCCUUAUUGGUUUUUUACAUUUUCUUGUUACAUAACGAGUCUAAUGAAUGUUGGACAUGAAUAAAUUGAUUGCUUAUCUUUCUUUA